UGAUUAACAAUGUUAAACUAUGUUUGUUGUGAUAUCAAGUGAUUUGGAGGGAAUAAGAAAAUUUGGGGAGAAAAAUCUCAACAAAAAUAUCUCAGCAUUUUUUGACUCUCAACAACCAUUCGUCCAUAUAAUUACAAUUCUCCACCGACCAAUCUUACUCCCCUUACUUACCUCGAAUUAUCGAUAUCCCUCUCAAUUCCUUAUAAGCAACGAUAUCUCUCAAAAUCUUUAUCCUCCAUAUUCUUUUUUCCUUUGA